CUUCAUCCCAAUAAAAAAUUUAUGCAACUCAAACUUUUCCAACACAGCAUUUGGAAAACCAUUUAGAAUUUUAUUAAGAAUGUAUAACAUUGUACAGGUAUUCAAAUACUGGUAUGAUACAUAAAUACCUUACUGAAAGGACAACACCUUUAAAUAUAUUGACUGCUUUGUCUGUUAAAUAGACAGGAACUUGUGAAUGUAUCUAUUGUACAGAAUUUCUCAUUCAACAGAAUUCACUGUAUCCACAUCAGCAAAGCAGCGUGAACAUGGGCUUUUGGCAAGGAUGAGGAAGUAGCCUUGUUAUAUAGAACUGGAUGUCAUAAUGAUUUCCUAAAACAAAACAAAACAAAAGAAGACAAACAAAAAAACCCCACACCAAACCCACCAAACCUUAUUUUAUUCAUAACUCUUAAACUUUAUGCUACAUUUAAAUCCAAAGUCCUUUCGUGUAUUUUGACUUAACUGGAAUGUGUAUAUAUGCCCGUGGUGUGUGAAUAUUUCAUGUCUGUUAGAAUUUCUUUUUGUUUAGGAUUUGACAGGAUAGAUAGAUUUUAAAAUAAUUAAAAUCUGCAUUUUAAUUUUGGUUGAUCCUGUAUGUGAAAUUUGAAUAUAAUUAUUGUAUGUGAUACCAAUUACUUUGUUUAACAUCACAUUAAGAUACAUGGCAGAAAGAGUCCUGGAUAAGGAGUCAGAAGCCCUAGGUUAUAGGCCAAGGUUUGCAUCUAAGUAGCCAUGUGAUCAAAAACAAGUCCCUUAACCACUGUUGGCCGCAGCUUCUACAUCUUUAAAAGGGGUUGGAUUAGCUGAUCUUUUAAAUCUCUUCCUGCUCUAAUGUUCUUUGAAUCUUAAAUAAAGGCCUCUUGAAUUCAUUAUGAUUUUAUGAGAUGAAAUACAAACUGUUACUUCAUUUUGGAACCAAGGAUCCUAACAUUUAAAAAAAAUUUACAACUCCCUGAAUCAGUAACAUCCUGUUUUCUUAAUCUUAAAACAUAUUAGCCUGUAGAGUUUAAACAAUAUCUAAUCUGAGACCAGUCUUGAAUUUUACAGUUUUGAGAAAUGAAAAUUAACUUUCAUGCCUUUUUCUCAGCUUCUGGAAAAUAAAAUAUUCCUAAUGAUGUUUACUGCACUUUUUUGAUGCCCCAAAUUGGUGAAGAUAGAACACGAAAUAGACAAGUAAGGAAGCUAUCAGAACUUUACCAUAAACUUUUAAAAGACUUCAGGUCAGGGAAUAUGGGAGAUGAGUAAGACCACGGUGGCCCUUCCUCCUUGGAAAUUGUUCAUCUUUUUAAUAAAAUGCAAGUGAUGAAGUCAAAAAUAUGAGUUCUUCCAGAUCCUAUUUAAUAAACCUUAAACUUACUAAAAACAAACUAAGAUGAGAAAUAAAUUCUAAACACAAACGUUCCACAUUGGGGUGGCAGGAAACCCCUCAAUUUUAUUGAUCUGUUAAUAAAGUAAAUUUGCCUAUUUAAAAAUAUGGAGAUGAUAAGGAAAAAAAAGUAUUUUAUUUCUACUAGAAACAAAACUUAAAUCCCCCCCAACACCAUUUCUGCAGAAGCUGGUGGGUUUCUUCCUCCUGCCGUUUCUAAGAACAAUUCCAAGAAAAGAAAUCCUUUGAGACAUCAGCCUCUGAUGAGCUCAGAAACAUCCGUGAUCUCAUUCUGCAAUAAGGGAUGAUUGACCAGCUAUUAGAUCAAGUAGCAAAUCAGGAACACAAAUCUGAAGAAAUUAUUAGAUAUCGAUUUCUUAUAGGAAACUAACUGUUCAAGCACAUAAAAACAAAUCCCUCUCCCCUUGCUUUUUGGGAAGGAGACUGGAGAUGAACAUGCAAAAGUGUAAAUUUCUAGUGGGGCAUAUAUGGGGGAAGAGUACCCAUUUAGCAAUGGGAAAUCACAACUUUCACUGCAGUUUCCCUGUGAGAUGUCAACAAUAGGGAUUCUGACUUUGAAAAUCCCCAUUUUCCAAUUAAAUGAUUGGAAAGUCCAAGUGUCAGACUAGUUACAAGCUGCUGUUAGUCAGCUUCAUGACCCAGAGCCUGCUUGACCCCACGGAUCCUGUGUCUCAGCUCAGCAAGAGCUCUUUUUGAAUCUCCUGGGUGUUACUGUGAAAAUAUCACAGUUUAAUCCCUCUUUACUGCGGUUUAAUUAGGAUCUCCUUCAAACUGAAAGUUGAUCUCUCGCGGACCCUUUCCCAGCGGAACUGGUGAAACAACGCUGCCCCAAGUCCUGGGCUUGGGGUCACAAGCUAGCGUGGAGAACAAAGUUUCGACUCCUGUAUUAAUUAGGUCUUCAGGGACACUUAACCCUCCUCUUCACUCCGCCUUCUCCCACUCUGCACCCCCGCCCCUCAUGCCACGCGCAGCUUUGUUCUGUUCCUGAUACACUUCUAUACGAAAUGGUCAUCCUUGUGAUUUCCAGUUAGGUCAUUCAGAGUCGAAAGUUUCAGCUCUCCAAAUCUCGGUUCUUUGAUUUACAAUCCAAAAUUGUAAGGCCAGCAGGAGGAGCGAGAGGGGCGAGGACAAGCGGGUUGGUGUGGAAGGAAAGGAUUGUGUCUGCGCUCUAUUCCUGUAUCUAUGAGCUACGGUAAUAUUAUGUUGAGAACUGGGCACGGAUGGCCGGGCAUGUCCAAUUAUACCAGUGACUAAACGUAUUUACUUGCCUGGCCUGCUGCUCUAAUCCCGUCGGGUCUGAUUUAAUCCCUCACCCGGAGCAGGGGUAAAAGAUCACCCAGUAUCCCCCACCCCAGGAGCCAGUUGUCCCCAGCCCUUGUGUACGUGUGUGAGUGUUUUCGGGCGUGUGUACCUUCUGAACGUGGACCACCUGCAGGUGAAAACUCUAGGAACUGGGCUGAGAGGGGCUAGGGUCCGACGGAGAGGAGAGCCCUCCACUUCCAUAUCCCAUUUAAUUCCACCGCGUCUGCAUAUCUGUCGUUGCUUUUUGCCUCGGCCUGUCAGAGUUCGAAGACACGUCUGAUUGGGAGAUAGGGGCAGCCGGGGGACACAGCAGCUCCUUUGAUUCAGGUGAUGGUGCGGCGCCACAGCUGUCCUUGGUGGGCAGUCUGGGACUCCCUCCUAAAGGUUGCAUUUCUAAAACGUUUUUCUGCUCCAGCAGCCCCCCAACCCCUCGAAACUGGACGGCUCCAAGUUCGGUGGAUUCCACCUUCUUAUCUCCUGUGGGCAGUCUGAGCUACGGGAAGCCUUUCCUAGCCGGGCAUGGAUCACCUGUGCUAGGAGAGGGGGAGGGUGGCCACUUUCAGACAUAUGAAAGAUGAAAGCGAUCCGGACUUUGAAGGACGCUUGCCAAUUCCAGUAAUCGAUAGUGGGGGCUGCUACUCGGGUGACUUGAGUCUGAGCUGGUUUGUUUGCGCGGGAUGCGUUUGGGGGUGUGGGACUUGUUCUUAGUUUACCCUUUCUCCCAGCCUCCUCCCCUUUGCAUGAUGAACCAUGAGUUACUUUCUGUCCUACUGCAAAGCUCACGGAGGCGCCAUCCUCACCCACUACCAGGCCCUGCGCGACGAGGGCUUCCUGUGCGACGUGAAGCUGGAGGCUGACGGCAGCGAGUUCCCUGCGCACAGGUCGCUCCUGGCGUGCUCCAGCGACUACUUUAAAGCUCUAUUCAAGAGCUACACGCAGGAGUCUCGGGCCCCAGUCAUUCACCUGCAGGUGCCAUCGGCCACCGGCCUUCAGCGCCUCCUGGACUUUAUCUACACUGCCUGGCUGCCCCUGUCUAUGGACACGCUGGAAGACACGCUGGAAGCCGCCAGCUACCUGCAGGUGAGCGAGGCCGUGGGCUUGUGCAGCCGCUACUUGGUGCGUCACCUGGGCCUGGAGAACUGUUGCUUCGUGGCCAACCUCGCCACCCGCUUUGGCCUGGCCGACGCGCAGUCAGCGGCCGAAAGCUUCAUCCGGCGCCACAUGAGAGAGCUGAUGGACAGGGGCCCCGAGGCGGCGGGGCUUCUGGAGCUCAACCCGGGUUCGCUUAAGGUGGUGCUGGCCUCCCCAGAUGUGCCGUACGUGGCCGAGGCCCGGUUACUGAGCCUGGCCCUGGGCUGGUUGUUGCGGGAUCCAGAGGCCGAACGCCUUCCGCACUGCUCCAGUCUUCUGGAACGCAUCCGCUUCGGCCUGGUGCCCCCCGAGGUGCUUCGUCGGGUGUAUUCGGGCUCGGGCCUCAGCCUUCCCACCCGAGUGAAGGGCCUAAUAAUUCAGGCUAUCAGCUACCACACAGCCACCUCCCGCCAGCCCCUAAUGCAGAGCGAGCAGACGAGCUGCAGGAGCCCCCAAACUCGCAUCUUACUGGUCGGCGGGCGCCGGGCCAAGGAGGCAGUGACUCAAGGUGCUGAAGAUGCUCAAAUCCCUCGAGAAGAGGACAGAGGCGAUGUCGACGAAGCUGCAGGUGAACAAGCUGAACAGGAGGUGCAACCUGAGGAAGUAGAUGAGUGGGAACUGACCCAAGAUGUGGUCUCUUUCGACGUGUACAACCACCGCUGGCGCAGCCUCACCAGACUGCCCACCCCGUUGCAGGGACACUGUGUGUGCACUAUAGGCAACUUCCUUUACGUGCUGGGAGGGGAGAGUCCAGCAGGCAGUCCAGCUUCUGUUUCUCCAACAGUUCCACUGGAGGUCACGGCCCAAGUGCACCGCUAUGACGCGCAGUUCCACGUGUGGGCUCCUAUGCCUGCCAUGCAAAAGGCCCGGGCUCACUUCUGGUGCGGCGCUGUGGGCGACAACCUCUUAGCUGUCGGGGGUGUGGGUGCAGGCGGGGCUGCCCUGGCCUCUGUAGAGAUAUACGACUUGGUCCGAGACCGCUGGACAGCGGCCAAGGAGUUGCCGCAAGCAGUGUAUGGUCACGCCGGGGCGGUAGGGGCCUGUGGCACAGUGUAUAUAUCCGGGGGCAAGCUCGGAGGGCUGCCGGAGGAUGGAGGCUUGGAACGGGGUGGCAGCAUCCGGGAUGUGUACUCCCUCAGCCCACAGGAGAGGGUGUGGAGUAAAAGGGCACCGAUGAGCAUCGCCCGCUUUGGACACCACAUGGCUACGCUGCGCGGCGCGGUGUUUGCUUUUCUGGGGCGCUAUGAGCUCUUUUCAGAGAUUGAGCGCUACGAUCCCGGGGCAGAUCAGUGGACUCGUUUGCGGCCCCUGCUCUAUGACCGCUUCUGCUAUGGGCUAGCCGUGGUAGAAGAGACUGCUCUUCUGCUAGGUGGGUUAAAGUGGCAAGAUUCCAGACAAGUGCCCACUCGCAACGUGGUAGGCUACGAUUUGGACCUCGACUGCUGGGAGGACAUUGGUUGCGACAUGCCCCAGGCUUGGAGCGGCCUGAAGUGCGCGGUGUUGCAAUUAUCAGAAGAGGAAGAGGAAAGGGUGGAAAAGAUAAAGAAAGUGGAAACAGUCUGAGAUGCAUUAAAUCAUGCUCCUCUCAUUUCAGGACGCAGUUAUAAUGACUCAGUUAUGAAAAUGGAUGUUCCUGACUAGUACACUGUCCCCAAAAUGAUAUUCUUUCUCUUCCAACGUAUCUUUAAACCCUAUGAGAUUGCAGGGACAAGCACACAGAACGAAGUACUAAAUUGAAGACAAUUUGGCAGAAUGGGAGUAAAGGAGAAGACAGAGAAGAAGAAAGAUAUGGUUUAGCUCCAGCAGUCUGAUUUCUUGGAGGAAUAUAACUGGGUUAGGUAGUUACCUUCUUUUAUUUUUUUUUAAACCUAUCACAUAAAAUUGAGUUUUACCAGGCAUUAAAUGGAAAUCAUCUUUGUGCCAAAGCCAAAGAAACAAAAUAAAAAGCGAAGUCACUCAAGUGUUGGAAAAUGUUAACAAUAAUGGACUCUAGAGGAUGGUAUUAUUCUAGUAAAUAGUUGAGUGAGACAGUCCUCACUAAAUAGUAUAAAAUUGCUGGAAGGAGAACUGUGAUUUUCCAUAUCAUAGCUAUAAUUGUUGUUAUACCCUAUUUAAUUCUUAGGCAAAUAUUGAACUGAGAGACAAAAUCUUUGGGAAAGUAACUUUUAUGGCAUGGCUGUUGGGUAAGGUUUUUGUUUUUAAAAUUUUCUGGCAUGGUUUUGGAUAGAAUUUAGUAUCACUGAAGUAUGAAUAACUAGUGUUCACAAUGAAGAGAGUUAAGAUGGGGGGGUCUGACACUAAAUAAAAUAUUUUCUGCAUCCAUUUUCUUUAAGUGAAAGCUCUCCAGAUAUGCCCCAUGUUCUUUUCUUGUAAAAAAAAAAAAAAAAAGGACUUAUUUUCCCUUCUUUAACACCUCCUCCCCUCAUCCUGGGGAGAAGGGAGUUACAUGAUGGAAUACAUAGAAAGGUGAAGGUUUAUUUUUGUGCAAAAUGAACUGGGAAAUCCAGUUUUUAAAGGUCUCAGAAAGAAUGUUUGUUUAAACUUAACAGGCUUAGGCCACCCACAGCAUAACAUUUAGAACACUUAAUAUAGCAGGAUGACUACAUGACUAAGUUACAAGGGUAUGAAAUGCGUAAAAGUUUUAUAUUAAUAAAUUAAGUGCUUUAUAAGUAUUCCUUUGAAAGCUGCAUUUGUUCUGACUUUUCUCUACAGUUCUUUCUCUUCCCUUAUAGGCUCCCUGUUAAUACAGCAUCUGCAGUAGGUGCUUAAUAAGUGUUUGUAGAAAUGAAUAGUCAGACCAGCACUUGAAAUACUGUUCAAGAAGGCAUCACAAUGAAUGGUGUAAAUGCACACUUUCAUGCCAGGCUAUCCAUGAGUGUUUUAAAUGUAUAAAGGAUUAAUUUAU